GAGUGGAUUGACUGUAUAUUUAUUGUGUGGGCGUCAUGUUCUUGGUGUAUACAGUUCCUGCUGAGUGACUAGGUUGGAGGAUUGGGUGAAAAGAAAAACCUAUAUAAUGGUUACACCCAGUGUGUACAUUCCUCCCAGAUGAAUACUUUUAUGUGAUUGUGACAAAACAAAUAUUUAUCUUCCAGCUAGAUCACAAAUCUUGCCUUCUUUAUCGCCAAAAGCUAUCGCGUCUGACAGUAAUAAUAGUGGUGUAGUCCUUUUAGCCGUGUGCACUUAAAAUUCCCCCUUUUCAGGCCCCCACUGCCAUGCUUCCUCUUUGAGCUGGAGGAUGUGAUGAAAUGGGCAUGUCGUUUACUUCUCCAUGAGAGCUGUCACUGCUCCGAGCUCACCAUAGGAAAACGGAAGGACUGGUGGGAGAGUGGGCGUUCUAGCUGUUUGCUGCCCUGCUGCCCACUCGUUCCUGUUCCUCUGUGUGUGGAACCUCAACCAGUGAAUACGCGUAUAAUUUUCAGCCGACGGGGAAGACAGAGGCAAUUUUAAAAAGCCGGCGGGAAGGUUUUGCUAAAGCCAGUUUUGGGGCUUCCAAAAAGGUGAAACAUCAGGCACAAUUGUUUGAAAAGCUUGUUGUCGGAUUAUAGCGGAGAUACUGCUGUGGGGCUGGACUGAUCAGGAUAUUAACUUAUUUCUGUCUCCUCCCUGCUCUGCCCUAAGGUGACAUGGAGUUCCUGCUACUGUAUUGUUCUCUAUUUAACUGGUUGCAUUUAAAUAAAAAUGGCAAACAUCACUCAAACGGGGCAGUCUGAAGGAACCCAUUAACCUACAGAUUUGUUAUAUAAAAUGUAAGGUCAUCAAAUAUUGUGCAACUGGAACAAAGCUGCUACUUUUCAACGUCUUUUUACUGUCUCUUUUUUUUGUAUGAAGUGGGUUAUUCACUUGAAACAAAUCUACCUUCAGGGGUUUUGUGGUUAUUUUGCUGAAGUAGUUGCUGUAUUCUGGUACUGUUCUACCUAAAGUAAAUGUCUUCACUAUUGUACCCCCUAUGCAAAUGGAGUAAAAUGCAGUCGUGUUUCGGGGUCUUUUCCAGAUCAUUUUACUUUUCAUCACAGAUAUAGUUCGAGGAGAGCUCCACAUCACACCUUUGCUCGAAAUAGAUCUUGACUCACUUUAAUGAUUAACAGCAGCAUUUUUAUAAGCCCUCAAACUGUAUAAUUCCAUUUAAUGUUUACUGAAAUAACAUUUUUUUUCAGUGUAUGUAAAAGAACAGACAAACAAAAGCCAGGUGGUUUACAUGUGCUUCAUAAGACCAUAUCGCUUGAGGUAUUUGGCAAAGGCGAAAUGAUCACCACUGCUCUAGAUUCGGUGCAACAGCUUUAGGAAGAUCUAGUUCUCAAUCUCUAACUGAAUAACUGGCAUCAAGGACCAGUAACUUGUUCAACAAUCUGAUUUUAAUGGAGUAACACAAAGACUAACACCACUCUCGUGUGUUAUGAGAAUCCAAUAUUUGCAUGUGUUUUGUGUAAAAGAAAAUCAAAUUUGAAUUUAAUUAAAAAUAAGAUUCACUGCUUGACUUGGCCAAAAAGAUUUCCAGAAGAGGAUGGGUGGUGGCUGCUGCUGACUUUGCAUCAGUUGAAUGUAUUAUAAUACAUUUUGGUGCAUGCUUUCUUUGACCUGAUGAGAUCAAAUAUCCUGCCUCUUCAGACUGACUGGUUUGUGCAACUUUACUCUCAUUCUUUCAAUAUAUUACUAAAAUAUGUGCAAGUCAUCUCCAUGAUUGAGUCUGAAUACAAGUUCUUACCAAAGAAGAACUGAAGAAUUGAUGCAAGCGGCUUACAAUUAAUCAAAUCAGCAGCGAUAACUUCAACAAUAAUUCACAUCUUUUGUUAAGGAACAAAAUUGUUAAUGUAGCAAGUUGAAUACACUAAGUAAGCUUGUGCUCUUUAAUAGGCAUUUCAAUGUUUUCAUAACACCCCUGUGAACGGGUUAAUACAUUUUGCUCUUCUGAAGUCGUGACCAGCUCUAAAUAAAACUCAAGAAUUUCAUUUCAAGCAUGACUUCCCGCCCUCUCUCUCUCUCUCACUGGCAGAAAAGAAGUAACAAAACACUUUACCGCAGUGCAUUUCUUUUCUGUCGCAAGCCAGCUGGUGCUAGUUUACGUGGGUGAGACUCGUUUCCUGUGUUCCUCAGGCCCUGGAAAUAACUUGAAUCAUCCAGGAGGUACACAUGAAUUACAACCAAGAGAAUUAUCUCUGUUGGCUUCCCAAUUUGCAACAAAGAGCCCUCCUAGGAUAUCACAAGGUGAUGUUUCACCUGAAGAAAUAUCACAUGAACCAGCUAUGUCCUUAUUACAGAUCAAGGUAAAUCGUUCAGAGGAAAUCGUGCCAAAGGGGAAAUCUCAUGAAAAUUCCAGUUCAGACCUUGAAGUCAGCAUUGAGAUGGAUUUCUUAAAGGGUGAAGAACCAAAGAUUGCGGCUGGAGACCGAAAACGUUCCAGUUUCUCCCCACUGCCACCCAAAUGUUUGCGUCAAGGGCAGCUGCUAGCCUGUAGGUUCUGCAGCGUGGUGUUCAAGUCUCCCAAAAGACAUCAGGAACAUGAAUAUAGACACGCGUUGAUGAUGUUGCCUGUAGAUGUGGACGACAUAAAGGCAACCCUUACCAACACCAACCGCUGCUCGUUGUUUAGGCAAACACUGCGUUAUCGCUGCUCGUGGUGUUCUGCCAGCUUCACUUUGAAGUCAAAUGCAGAACGUCACGAGAAAACUGUCCAUUACAAGUGCAAAAACCUGCAUUGUUCUUUUUGCGCGAAAUCUUUCCGUGACCGGACUGAUCUGAACCGCCACGUAGCAUCUGUACAUUCCUGCGAGCGGGCUUUUAUGUGUGGUAACUGUGGCAAGAAUUUUGGCAUUCAGAAAAACCUACUGAAUCACAUGAAAGUUUGUUACCAGAGUAAUUUAACCCAAGUCGGGUUUGAGCUAUCUGACCAUCUUGCAGAUGGUGAUGCCCUGAAAGGUAACGGACAGUUUGAAACUCAUGACGAUGCAUCAGUAAUUGGUUCUGACCGGGAGCUUUCCAUCUUACAACACAGUGACAUCGAGUUGUCAGACGUUUAAAUUGAUUCUCUCCCCAUCGUCCACGUAUAGCUAUUUAGACAUCCUUGUUUUCUUUUUAGUCCUAUGGAUUGAGCAAACUAACAAAACACUUGGUUGAAUCCAGACAAUAUAUUUUUUUAAAAAUUCUUGAGUAUAUAAUCAGACUCUUCAGUUCAAUCAUUGAAGACAAUGACAAAUAUUUAGCAUAGCUCUGCACUUGUCUUAUUAACGUUGCAGAGUAAAAUUGCUUUUGAGAUCACUACAUACUAUUUUUAGAUUUUUUUGUACGUGUGUGUGUAAAAAUUGGUCAGAAAUUAAGAGAAUUAUUUCAUAUUAAAUACCCAGAGCGACACAAUUGAAGUUCUGCGUUUGUUGUCUCUUUGGAAUGUUGUUGCAUUAAAGAAACUGAAUU